GUUUUUACUGUUUUCCUCCCCAAAAAUCAAAACCCCGAGCUCCCGGGGCAUUUCCAUACAACAACAAUGUGCAACCACACCAAAUUGAAGCGGAAGCGCGGCCGCCCCGCCGCAACUCCGCCGGAGACCACCGUCCUCGACAGCAGCAACGCCGCCAACUCCCAAACAACAACAGAAAGCGACGUGGAGCUCGUCAACUCCAAUCCUCCGCCAUCUUCCUCCCAACACCGCCGCGGCCGCUCACGGAAUAACCCUACACCUGAAAUCCCAGCCGCCAGAGUUUCGCCCAUUUCCGUUCAUCCCGGCUCUAACGGAUCCGUGUCUCCGCUGGUUGAAUCGGAUUGCGAUGUGGCUAGGGUUGUUCCCUCCAUGGACUCGGUGGUGAAGGUUUUCUGUGUUCACACUGAGCCGAAUUUCUCUUUGCCUUGGCAGAGGAAACGCCAGUAUAGUUCGAGUAGCAGUGGGUUUGUGAUUAAGGGGAGGAGGGUUCUGACGAACGCCCAUUCGGUCGAGCAUUAUACGCAGGUUAAGUUGAAGAAGAGAGGCUCUGAUACUAAGUACCUUGCAACUGUCCUUGCCAUUGGAACCGAAUGCGACAUUGCUCUAUUAACAGUAGAUGACGAUGAGUUUUGGAAAGGGGUUUCUCCUGUAGAAUUUGGCGAUUUACCUGCUCUUCAAGAUGCUGUGACAGUUGUGGGUUAUCCAAUCGGGGGUGACACAAUCUCUGUUACAAGUGGUGUUGUGUCACGAAUAGAGAUUCUCUCAUAUGUUCAUGGAUCCACUGAACUUUUGGGGUUGCAGAUAGAUGCUGCCAUAAAUUCUGGAAAUUCUGGGGGACCUGCUUUCGAUGACAAGGGAAUUUGUGUUGGUAUUGCAUUUCAAUCACUCAAACACGAGGAUGCGGAGAAUAUCGGUUACGUUAUACCAACACCAGUCAUCAGACACUUCAUCCAAGAUUAUGAGAAGAAUGGGAAAUAUACUGGAUUCCCUCUUUUUUGGGGAGAGAGGGCGAGAGAGAGGAAAACUCCGAUUGGGGGUCGCAAAGGGGGAAAAAACUCCCCAAAAAAGGUCUCAUGUCAAUUAUUUUGGUUACAUGCAGUCCCAUUUAGGCAUGGAGAGCGGAUAGGCUUCAGCUACCUCGUGUCGCAAAAAUAUACAGGCGAUAGCGCUGAAAUGAAAGUGCUUCGUAACUCAAAGAGUCUAAAGUUAAAAAUUCUACUUGGUACCCAUAGUCGUCUCGUUCCUGCUCACAAUGAGGGCAGACCACCCUCGUACUAUAUUGUUGCUGGAUUAGUUUUUACGACAGUUUCCGUUCCCUAUCUCCGAUCUGAGUAUGGGAAGGAUUACGGGUUCGAAGCUCCGGUGAAAUUGUUGGACAAACUUUUAUACGAAAUGCCACAAUCAGUAGACGAACAAAUUGUCGUGGUUUCUCAGGUGCUUGUUGCCGAAAUCAACAUUGGAUACGAAGAAAUCGCCAACACUCAGGUUCUUGCAUUUAAUGGUCAGCCCGUGAAGAACCUGAAGAGCUUGGCUAGUAUGGUAGAGAGCUGCAACGAUGAAUAUUUGAAAUUCGAUUUGGAAUUCCAGCAGAUUUUGGUUCUGCAGACAAAGGCAGCAAAAGAGGCAACCUUGGACAUUCUUGCUACUCACUGUAUACCGUCAGCCAUGUCUGACGAUCUCAAGACAUGAACGGGUGCCACAGUAUUGUAUCUCCAAAUAAAACGGUU